AAACCCUAAAAAAGCAAAACUGAGAUCUCAUGGCCUCCGGCGACCGUAGCUUUGGUUAUAUGACCGGGAAAGAUGCGGAAGUAAAGCUUCCACGGACGACACGGGUCAAGAACAAGACUCCGGCCCCGGUGCAAAUCACCGCAGAGCAGAUUCUAAGAGAAGCUAGAGAGAGGCAAGAGGCUGAGAUCCGUCCACCUAAGCAGAAAAUCACUGAUUCUACUGAGCUUUCCGAUUACAGACUCCGACGUCGGAAGGAGUUUGAGGACAAGAUCCGUCGAGCGAGAUGGAACAUCCAAGUUUGGGUCAAGUAUGCGCAGUGGGAAGAGUCGCAAAUGGAUUACGCGCGUGCUCGGAGCGUGUGGGAACGAGCUUUAGAAGGAGAUUACAGGAACCAUACGCUUUGGGUCAAGUACGCUGAGUUUGAGAUGAAGAACAAGUUUGUCAACAAUGCAAGGAACGUUUGGGAUCGUUCCGUUACGCUUCUCCCUCGAGUAGACCAGCUUUGGUACAAGUAUAGUUACAUGGAGGAGAAACUUGGGAAUAUCGCCGGAGCUAGACAGAUCUUCGAGCGGUGGAUGAAUUGGUCACCGGAUCAAAAAGCUUGGCUCUGUUUUAUUAAAUUCGAACUUAAGUAUAACGAAAUCGAACGUGCGAGAUCGAUAUACGAGAGGUUUGUUCUUUGUCAUCCGAAAGUAUCUGCUUUUAUUCGAUAUGCAAAGUUUGAGAUGAAGCGUGGUGGUCAAGUUAAGCUUGCUAGGGAGGUUUAUAAUCGGGCCGCGGACGAGCUUGCAAACGAUGAAGAAGCUGAGAUUCUCUUUGUAGCGUUUGCUGAAUUCGAAGAGCGAUGCAAGGAAGUAGAGCGGGCUAGGUUUAUCUACAAGUUUGCUCUUGAUCAUAUUCCUAAAGGAAGAGCUGAGGAUUUGUACAAGAAGUAUUUGGCGUUUGAGAAACAGUAUGGUGAUAAGGAAGGUAUUGAGGAUGCUAUUGUUGGGAAGAAGAGGUUUCAGUAUGAAGAUGAAGUGAGUAAAAACCCUUUGAACUAUGACUCGUGGUUCGAUUAUGUUAGGUUGGAAGAGAGUGUUGGGAACAAAGAUAGGAUAAGAGAAAUCUAUGAGAGGGCUAUUGCUAAUGUUCCACCUGCCCAAGAGAAACGAUUCUGGCAAAGAUACAUUUAUCUUUGGAUUAAUUAUGCUUUGUAUGAAGAGAUUGAAACUGAAGAUGUGGAGCGUACACGAGAUGUUUACAGAGAAUGCCUCAAGCUUAUCCCACACACCAAAUUUUCUUUUGCCAAAAUAUGGUUGCUGGCUGCAGAAUAUGAAAUCAGGCAAUUGAAUCUUACGGGCGCACGGCAAAUAUUAGGAAAUGCGAUUGGGAAAGCUCCAAAAGAUAAGAUAUUCAAGAAAUACAUUGAGAUUGAACUACAGUUGGGAAACAUCGAUAGAUGUAGAAAAUUAUACGAGCGGUUUCUUGAAUGGUCUCCUGAGAAUUGCUAUGCUUGGAGAAAAUAUGCUGAGUUUGAGAUUUCUCUUGCUGAAACAGAACGAGCUAGAGCUAUCUUUGAACUUGCAAUAUCUCAGCCUGCUCUAGACAUGCCUGAGCUGCUUUGGAAGACGUACAUUGAUUUUGAGAUAUCGCAAGGGGAAUUAGAGAGGACACGGGCUUUAUAUGAGCGACUCUUGGACCGUACAAAGCAUUGCAAGGUGUGGGUUAGCUUUGCAAAGUUUGAAGCUUCUGCUGCGGAACACAAAGAAGACGAGGCAGAGGAAGAAGAAGAUGCUAUUGAACGCAAAGAAGACUGCAUCAGACGCGCCAGAGCGAUCUUCGAUAGAGCCAACACAUACUACAAAGACACCACACCGGAGCUGAAAGAAGAGCGUGCUACGCUUUUGGAGGAUUGGCUUAACAUGGAGACAGGCUUAUGUGAGCUCGGGGAUGUUAGUGUCGUUCAAUCGAAGCUCCCGAAGAAGCUCAAGAAGAGAAAGCUAACCAGUAGAGAAGACGGUUCUACAGAGUAUGAAGAAUACAUUGAUUAUUUGUUUCCGGAAGAAUCACAGACGACGAAUCUUAAGAUUCUUGAAGCUGCUUAUAAAUGGAAGAAGCUUAAAGCUGGGGAAUGUGUCUAAUGGUGGUUACAAUCAUAAUGUACUAGGAUGUCUAAAGCUUUUAUUCUGUCUAGGAUUAUGAUGUCUCAGUACUAAAACAACAAAUGUUUUUUGUGGUUUAUGCAUUUGGCUGUGUGAACUUCUUUUGUAAUUUUCUUGAUUACAUCUUGUUAUCAAAGAUGGCGAAUGCUUAUUUUCUUGCGAAGGCAGAAGUAUGCACAGAGACGGUAGCCAAAUGCCAUGGCAAGCAGAACCCCCUGUUCUUGCAAACCGCCAUUCGCAAGAGCAGCCUGAUGCCGUAGUGC